AUGACCUCCAGUGCCACUUCCUCGAGCUCCACGACACUGGUUACAUCCACUUCCUCGAGCUCCACGUCGUUGGUUGCAUCCACUUCCUCCUCGAGCUCCACGACGUUGAUUACAUCCACGCGAUCCACUACCUCUGUGUUUACUGCGUGCUCGACGAUCAAGACAACCGCGACGACUAGCGCAAAAGCAACGGCCACUUCGAACCCAAAAGCGAUUACGAGGACAUACAACUGGAACGUGGGAUGGGUCAAUGCUGCCCCUGAUGGUUACACCCGCGCCUUGGUCGGCAUCAAUGGCCAGUGGCCAUGCCCAGCCAUCACUGCUAACAUUGGUGACACCAUCAAGAUCAAUCUCGUCAACAACCUCGGCAACGAAACUACGGCUCUGCAUUUCCACGGUUUGCACCAAGGCAACACCACCUUUGACGACGGUGCUGCUAUGGUUAGCCAGUGUCCCAUAGCGCCAGGCGAGACCUUUGUAUACCAGUUCACUCUCAAGCAGUCCGGCACAUACUGGUACCACGCUCAUGUUGGCGGCCAGUACCUUGAUGGAUUCCGUGGCCCUAUCAUUAUCCGCGAUAAUACAGCCCUGGCAAACUAUGGCCGCAUUGAUGGAGAGUAUACGUUGUCUCUCACUGACUUGUACCACGUUGAGGCGCCUUAUCUGGUCAACUACUUUUUGUCGGCAAACAACUACAAUGGAGCAGAGCCUGUUCCAGAUGCUGCCCUCAUCAAUGAGGGUCAGAACGCCAAGUUCAACAUCACCCCAGGGAGGACAUACAUGUUCCACGUUGUCAAUAUGGGAGCCCUCGCUGGACAGUUUCUCCAGUUUGACCAGCACAACAUGACCAUCAUUGAGGCUGAUGGUGUGUACACUCAGCCGUACCAAGUCAGCCAGAUUUUUGUCGCCGUCGCCCAGCGAUACACGGUCCUAAUCACGGCCAAGUCCAGCAACUGCCAGAACUUUGCUAUCGUAUCCCAGUUCCUUACCGACAUGUUUGAUUCCAGUUCCACUCCUGCUGGCCAGCAGCCUACUUGCACGGCUUAUCUGGUCUACAAUUCUGCUGCGCCAUUGCCAGUGCCAUUCACACUCAAUGUCCAGCCAUGGGAUGACACUCAGCUUGUUCCGUGGGAUCAACAACCCAUGUGGGACUCGCCCAACGUGAACUAUGUCUACCUCACGGUAGAUUUCGAACAGAAUGACUGGGGCUCCAAUCGUGCUGCGGUAAAUGGCUUGACGUACAUCCCACAGAAGGUCCCAACCUUCUUUACUGCCUUAACAGCACCAGCAGCAUAUCAAAUGAAUCCCCAGAUCUACGGCCAAGUCAACGCCCAAGUUCUCCAGUAUGGGCAAGUCGUCGAGAUCGACCUCAACAACCACGAUUCCCGUGCUCAUCCAUUCCAUCUCCACGGCCAUGAGUUCCAGAUCAUCAACCGUGCGGGCAACGAGCCUCAGUGGCCUGGUCUAUACAGCACCCCUGCUGCGCCCAUGCGACGCGAUGUUGUUGUCGUGUAUCCCGGUGUAGGAGUUACGCUACGCUUCAUAGCCAACAAUCCUGGUGUGUGGCUCUUCCAUUGCCACACUGAAUUCCACGUCGAAGCCGGCAUGACAGCAACUUUCAUCGAGGCCCCGGAUGUCAUGGUCGCAGGCAACCCAUACAUCCCCACAAGUCACAAGAGCGUGUGUGAUGCCCAGCACAUCCCUCGCAAGGGCAACGCCGGAGGUAAUAGCAAGAACUGGCUAGAUCUCUCCAAUGCCAACACCGAGCCCAGCCAAACGUACUUCGGUGCUUUGAUCAAUCCUCCUGCCGUCAACCCAUACACCGGUCCAAGUUAG